AUGAGGUCUAUUUACUUUGUCAUAGGCGCGACCGGCAGUGGUAAGUCACUAGCAGCAGUUCGAGUUGCUAAGACCCUUCAGCUCAGGUGUGGCUGUAACAAUGUGGUAAUAUUGAACUGUGACGUUAUGCAGUUUUACGCCGGUCUUCCCAUUGUGACGAACAAGAUAUCAUCGGAGGAAAUGGAUGGGAUUCCUCACUGCUUUAUGAGUUUCCUUUCUCCCGAGGGCAAUAAAAUUCGCGACCCAACGUUGGCAUUCGGAGGUUGUGACCGUGAAGCAUUUUCUGAACAGGGUUGUAAGUCUGCAAAUGAUGCGUAUAAUAUUCAUUCAUUCGUUCGCGAUGCUGUAAGUUAUAUCGAAAGCUUUUUGUCAACUCAUUCUCCUGCAGCGGUGGUCGUUUGCGGUGGAACGUGCUAUUACGUCCAGUCACUGCUUUUCGACAAUCUUUUAACUGUAGAAGAUACUCAUGUGUCGGGGUGUCUGGACACAACUGGCGGGUGCGCAGAACACACCGAAUUGAAUGAUGGGAAUUCUCUUUGGGACCAACUGAAGGAUAUUGACCCGGACAUUGCUGCUCGAUACCAUCCCAACGACAUCAGACGGAUUCGGCGCCUCGUCGACAUAUACAAAAGGACCAAUAGGAUACCAUCCGAUGUUUAUAACUCCAGGGAGAAGCCGCGACUUCGAUUUUGUCCCAGUACGUGCUUCAUAUUGUGGACACACAUUGAACUUGAAAAGCUUAGGCCAAAACUCAACGCACGUAUAGAUGUGAUGGUCGAAAAAGGGAUCAUUGAGGAAUGCCGCAAAUUUGCUCAGCGGCAUAAAGAGGACGUUUUUACGCUACCCCUAGGGAAAGCCAUAGGUUUUAAAGAAAUUGUUUCGUCCUUUGACAUGUCGGGAAGUGAAGUUCAACUAAAGGGCGAACGCGAAGUUUCAGAGUCGCUGGAUCUUCUGAAAGUGAACACCAACCGAUACGCACGGCAGCAGUGCCAGUGGAUAAAAAACCGCUUUCUUGGUCGUCUUCGCGAGCUGUUUGCUACUGUAAAUCUGGAGGAAAACUUUGUUGCAGUUGACGCCUCUGCGAGUCCUUCCGAUUUUCUUCGGCAAGUUGAAGUUGCCGUUUUGUUUUUCACCAAACGGACGUGCGACAAUGUCGCUGGGUUGUUUUUUCCAUUGAAAAAAGAUGUGUCAAUACCAUCCCCGGUUCGGCACGAGUGGUGUGGCGUCUGCAACGUCUUUUAUACCGAUGGGAGGGGGAGAAUCUCACAUCUGCAUUCGAAACGACACAGGGGUGCCCUAAGGCACGAGGCGUUGGUGAAGGAGCAAGCUGAGAAGUUUGGUCGGAUAAUUCCUUCUAAGAGAGUUAAGCGGUCGUAA